ACGAAAAUAACCUCCCUAAGCAGCUGUCAGUGACAAGUCCAAAAUUCAGGGUUAUUUUUUAAUAAACAUUGAAAUUUUUCAUUAUUUUAUACAUUUUUCGAUGUGAAAUGGCGAAAUAUAUAGCCCAGAUAAUUGUUGCUGGCGCUCAAGUGGUCGGUAGAGCGUUCGCAAGAGCCAUCAAGCAAGAAAUCGAGGCUUCCCAAGAAGCGGCCAAACGCAUGGGACAGGGUAAAACACGCACGGAAAGGCUUGCGAAUCACAAAUUGGGGCUCUCCUUGGAUGAGGCUAAACAGAUUUUGGACGUAUCGAAAUUGGAUAAGGAAGAAGUUACCAAGAGAUACGAGCAUCUGUUCAAAAUUAAUGAUAAAACAACUGGUUGUGGUUCCUUUUACUUGCAAUCUAAAGUAGUAAGAGCAAAAGAAAGGCUUGACUUAGAAUUAAAUAAUCAAGAAAAAGGCAAGGAGUCUCAGGGGAACACUGAGGAUACUUCACGAGCUAAAACUUAAAUCGUAAUGCUAAGUAGAAUGCUUUAGGACAAACAUUUUGAAAUUCCUCUCAAGUACCAUUUGGAGGUUAUUUAUUGUAACUAUGUUGAAGAUUGUAUAUACCUGUAAACUAAAUCCAUUACAUAUAUGUUGCAGAAAA